AUGCCCGCAUGGAUAGGGCGGGGUAGAAAACUGUUCCUGGAAAAUACGUCGGGAGAUGAAGAUUACACGGACACCGAGGGUCAGGGGAACUUUAUACUCAAUUUGAGUGAUUUGAUCAUGCGACUGAAGAACUUUCGUCGCAGCAAACUGCAGCGACUUCCGCUGAUCGAGGCAGAAGUGAGCAAACUUUGCAGCCUGGCACGUGACCAUUUUCUAAAUGAACCCAUGCUACUGGAGGUAUCGGCUCCCAUUCGUGUGGUGGGCGACAUACAUGGUCAGUACUAUGACCUCCUGAAGAUCCUCGACCAUUGCGGGUAUCCUCCGAACACAAACUACCUAUUUCUUGGCGAUUACGUGGACAGGGGAAAGAAUUCGGUGGAGACAAUCACUAUGCUAUUGGCCCUUCGCGUCAAGUAUCCCAAGCAUGUUCAUCUAUUGCGCGGAAAUCACGAAUCCCAGGCGGUAAAUCGGGUCUAUGGCUUCUUCGACGAAUGCAAGCGACGCUACACGGUGAAGUUGUGGAAGACCUUUGUGGAUUGCUAUAAUUGCAUGCCCGUGGCAGCGACCAUUUCGCAUAGGAUUUUCUGCUGCCACGGCGGUCUCAGUCCGCAGCUUAAGGAUCUCAGCGACAUCGACUCGAUCGGUCGUCCUACCGAAAUCCCAGAGACAGGUCUGCUUUGCGACCUGCUGUGGAGCGAUCCGGAUCGCUAUGGUUUCGGUUGGACGCCCAGCGAUCGAGGAGUCAGCUACCUCUACGGCCGCGAUGUUAUCGAAAAGUUUCUCCAGAAGCACGACUUCGAUCUGGUUUGCCGGGCCCAUCAGGUGGUCGAGGAUGGUUACGAGUUCUUUGCCAAACGCCAGUUGGUCACCGUAUUCUCGGCACCCAACUACUGCGGAAUGUACGACAAUGCUGGUGCCUCAAUGGGCGUGGACAAGGAUCUGGUGAUCACCUUUGAUAUACAGCGGCCCGAAAAUCGAAAGGCCACUCUGCGGAAGGUGAGCAUUUCACCUAUAUAUUGA